GUUGAUGAAGCCCCUCCCACUGCAUUAUGUCACUUCUACCUCUCAUUGGCUCUAGAUUCCCACUGCAAAUGAUUCAGAAACCGGCAGCGACGCAGGAUUACUGAAUGAACUCCGGCCCGUACAGACCAACUGCAGCUGGUACUUGGCAUCCUCCGACCUCAACCAGCUGCUGGCAACGGCGGUGACUGUUCCAUAUGGAGAGAAAGAUUCCCACUGCAAAUGAUUCAGAAACCGGCAGCGACGCAGGAUUACUGAAUGAACUCCGGCCCGUACAGACCAACUGCAGCUGGUACUUGGCAUCCUCCGACCUCAACCAGCUGCUGGCAACGGCGGUGACUGUUCCAUAUGGAGAGAAAGAUCCAGUUCCGGGGGCGUGUAACGUGGAGUUCAGUUUAGAUGUUGAUCCGAACGUUUAUCUGCGAUAUAAUCUCUAUGAAACGGUCAUCACUUUUGCACCAGCCAAUCUGGGAUCUGCCAGAGGGAACAAUGCGCCUCCCUGUGAUAUAAAGAGAGAGCAAGAGACAAGAUGGCGAUUACUAUAUGAUAUUUAUCAGUAUUUCCUGCCAGAGAAUAACCUCAGUGAUACAGUGUUACUCGCUCAUCUGCACAGGAUGUCUAUGGUGCAAGCGAUUAUGAGCAAUGGCAUUAAGCUCCUCACCCUGAACUCUGAGCAGAUGACUAAAGUCUCCUUCUCUUCCAUCCCGGGCCAAGGAGUGAUCUACAAUGUGAUUGUACGGGAUCCGCUGCUCAACACCUCUGCGGCCUAUGUGCCCGUUCAUACGUACGCUUGUAACUUCACCAACGUCAUGGACAACUGCUACACGCUGGGGAAAGCCUCAACCAGAGUGUUUUUCACUUUCUGUGCUCUCUUCGGCCUCUUCAUCUGCUUCUUUGGGCAUCAGUUUCUGAAGACAGAAUUCUUUUUCAUGGGAUUCAUCAUCGUCGGGUUCUUGAUCUUUAUCCUCCUCACCAGAGUGACUGUCAUGGGAUACGACGGCCUCUUGGGAGUAACAUCAGCCUCGGGUAUCAUCGGUGGCCUCCUCUUUGUGGGAUUCUGGUGGAGAUUUGGCUGUCCUCAUGUCUGUCUGCUGCUUGUGGGCCUGGUUCUCGGGUUCCUGACGGCUUCCAUUGUCUUCUUUACACCCAUUGGGGAUUAUGGGACUUUUCAUGAUGACACAGUGUUUUGGCUCACCUUUGCCUGUAUUUCAUUGGUGGUGCCGGUGGCCUUUCUCGUCUCUGCUAAAACUCUCAAUAUAUUCACCUGCUCAGUGGUUGGCUCCUACACUCUGGUUUUGGCCGUAGACAGUUAUGUGUUCACGAGCCUCACCUACAUCACCUUAAACAUUGUAAAGAGGGCGGUAAACCAAGAAUUCAGUAGUGUCUACACCAGUGUUCCCUUCCAGACCAAUGACUUUAUCAUGAUUGCAUUAUGGGUAGUCCUGUCUGUCAGUGGAGUGGCCACCCAGCUGUAUCGGGAGCGAGAGAAGACGCCCUUCCCUCCGACCCCGUACUUGUUGUGGAUAAGAGACAGAGAGCGAAGGAAAACCAACGUCUUGGACCCCAGUUACCACCUCCCGCCGUUAAGAGAACGAAUUCUAAUCCGACUGGCGCAGUUUCGAGAUUUUUUCCGCAGAGAUCAGCUGACGGGUGAACGGUCGCCAUUACUUCUAUAGCCGCGUGGGAAGAGCAGGAAUGAGUUAACUUUGUCUCUGCCAUAAAUCACCGGUGCCAAAAAGAAGGAGAUCCAUUUCAUAUAUAUAUAUAUAUAAGUAAAAACACACAAUACGCUCUCUCUUUAUUAUACUAUUACAGCUCACAAGAGUCCGAGGAGGAUGAAAUGACCCCCACGUGGAUGGAUCAAGAUAAGAGAUUUAUGUACCUGCUGAAAUGUUGUAUUUCCUUCUAUAAGGAGCUGAUGUUGUUAUUAAUAUCUGCGUGUCAGUCAUAAAGAUCUCCCAGCUGUAUAAAACUACGGGGUGGGGAUUGUUACUUCUAAUGUUAAUGCAGAGGAGAAAUAGAUUAUAA